UUGAACAAGUCAUUUUUUUUUUGGAAGGGACCUCGCUCCGUCUGUCAAUGCAGAAAUGUCCAACACCGCAGAGGACUGUGGAGAGUCUCCUCCUCCCACCUUCGGAGAGCCUUGGCCCGAAUUCAACGACGGCAUAACCUACCGUGACACUAUUAAACCCUCUGACUCCGGCUUGACGCUGAUUGAUUUUUACUCCGGCAAGCACUUGUAUUCGGCUCCGCUGAAAGGUUGGUUGCAGAGAAUACACAAUGGACAGAUAAGGAUUGAUGGUAGUGUGGUUACGGAUCCAUACACGGCUCUCAGAGCUGGUUCAGAAAUCAACUAUUAUCGACUUCCAUGGAAGGAGCCUGACGCGCCAUAUUUGCUGCAACUGCUAUUUGAAGAUGAUGAUUUGAUUGCUCUAAAUAAGCCUUCUGGUCUGCAAGUUCUACCUGGAGGAUUAUUUCAGCAACGGACUAUUUUAACACAACUCCAAUGGCAAGCAAGCAAGUACAGCUCAUUGUCAUUAGCACGUCAAGAUCUGCAUCCUGUUCCUGUUCAUCGUCUGGGAAGAGGCACAUCAGGUAUAUUGCUUUGUGCUAGGACAAAGGUCGCCAAAACUUGCCUUUCUACAUAUUUCGCUGAUGGGACAUCUGUUGUCAGGAACAACAGUGAUUCCAGUGCCGUAAUCAGCACAAAGCGGAAAAUUUCAAAGAUUUACCGGGCAUUGGUAUCUGGGAUACUGGAGGAGGAUGAGGUUGUCAUCAAGCAGCCAAUUGGAUUGGUGCGGUAUCCUGGGGUGGCCAAUGGGCUUUAUGUUGCUUGUCCUUCAGGGAAACCAGCUUUGAGCAAGGUUAAGGUUCUUGAGAGGAAUGUGCAAAGGAACUGCAUGUUGGUUGAGGUUGAGAUUCAAUCAGGACGACCACACCAAAUUCGCAUUCAUCUUUCUUUCAUUGGGCAUCCUCUGAUAGGUGAUCCUCUUUAUGUUUCUGGUGGACAGCCAAAUUGCUUUGAUCCUGAAUUUGGAAAUGAAAGUUUUGCUCAUGAUGGAGGAUACCAGAGGCCAGUAAAACCUGUUCCGGGAGACUGUGGGUAUCUCUUGCAUGCGCAUAAACUGAUUCUGCCUCAUCCAACUAGGAGCGAGGUGAUUAAAAUCACUGCACCUCUCCCAUCUGUUCUCCGGACACAGGAAGAGGUGGAAGAAAUAGAAUCGGGUGCUGGAGAUGAUGCCCAGUAGAUUUCUAGUGCUUUUGUCUUUCAAUAUGCCAAAAAUUGGGUGCUGGAGGUCAGGCCAAGUGGAUUUCCCAUGCUUUUGUUUCCCAACGACACUGAAGCAGGUAUGCCACAAGUGUGAUUUUGGAGUAUGGAUCAUUUACCCACCACAGGGCUCUGGAUUCUGGAACAUGCAGUUAGGUUCGAUUAUCUGCUUGCCUGGCUUACACAGCCACUUUAUCCCUUUGUUAGACAAGGCAGUCAUGUUCCAAUUUUAUAGGAUGUCCCCGAAGGAACAAGGAUGUCAUGUAUGUAUAAUUCAUAUAGAGAUUAUAUGCAGUAAGCAACGCUUACCGAACUUUAGAGGAAUUGGUAACCAUGAUAGGUUCCAUAAAUUUCAGCAAGAUACUGCAUUAGGCGCUUCAUUCUUUCCCAAAGAAAUUAUCAUUGUCAAUGAGAAAUUUGGAAGAACUUCCAUUGAAAUAAGGCAAUCAGAGACCACCAUUUCUUCUGCA